AUGAGUCUCGUCAUGCCAUCGGAGCAACCACAAUUGUCCAUAACUCCGGACGACAAGGAUCUGGAGAAUCGGAAGAUGUCAUCGACCUACAGUAUCUCCAGUCUCCUUCUGGAGAAGAAGGACUCAACUCCAUCAAGCAGUUCCAGCGAGGACGAUUCGAGCAGCAACGACGAGGAUCCACGAAGUCCAUCAGCCGACACCGCGGCUUCUUCAUUCAUGUUUGCACCGACUUCGUCUUCAUCGUCUAGUUCGGAGAAUGCCACGUCACCAAACCAAAUAAUGGCUCAGCUCAUGGGAAAUGGAAAUGGAACGAUUGAUCCGAGCAUUCAGGCCUACUUCUUCUUGCUCCAACAACAAUUGAACCCACAAUCAGUGAUGAAUCGAGUGACACAGGAAAAUGUAAGCCGUGCUCUGAGCUCAUUCAAUUUGCUCAACAAUCUUCCCGGAACACUUCCAUCACUCUCUCCAAUGAGUCGUCUUCAACACUCCAUGCAAUUGUCUCCAAACUCGCUGAGUAUGCAGAAGAAGCAGAGUAGACCCACUUUCACGGGACACCAGAUUUAUCAAUUGGAGAGAAAAUUCGAGCAAACUAAAUAUUUGGCGGGAGCCGAUCGCGCUCAACUCGCACAGGAACUCAAUAUGAGUGAGAGCCAAGUGAAGGUCUGGUUCCAAAACCGUCGUACCAAGUGGCGCAAGAAGGAAGCUGCCGAUAACGCUCUCGUGAAACGUGGAGCCAGCGGAGACAAAUCGCCAUGCUCGCUGAGCCCAUUCAUCGCCGGAAUCUAG